UCAAAAUAGAUAGCUCUGAAGUUUCUCUCAGCUUCGUUCGCUUCUCUUUCCUCUCAUUUCGUUUCCACCGAUGAGAAAAUGAGCUCGAAAUGCGACGGCACUACUACUCCUGUCAACGUCAUCGGAAUUCUUCUCCGAUUGGAGUCUUACCGGAACUGUAACUCCGACCAGAAUUCCCGGAUUCUUAGGGAUUUCGUCACUCGCGAAGUCAAUGCUUUCCUCUGGUUCUCUGUCAUCGCCAUCACUGCGGUCCUGAUCAACAAGGUUGUUGCGCUCUUCAGAUUGUGGUCCAAGGCGAAGCUACUCCCUGGACCUCCUUGUCCGUCUUUCUACGGCCACUCCGAGGUGAUUUCGCGCCGGAAUCUCACUGAUCUGUUAUAUGACUCUCAUAAACAAUAUGGACCAAUCGUCAAGCUAUGGUUGGGUCCCAUGCAGCUUUUAGUGUCUGUAAAGGAGCCAGCUCUUAUCAAAGAAAUUCUGCUAAAGGCCGAGGAUAAAUUGCCUUUGACAGGAAGGGUAUUCAGAUUUGCAUUUGGGCGUUCAAGUCUCUUUGCAUCCUCUUUUGAGAAGGUGCAAAACAGAAGACAGUUGUUAGCAGAAAAGUUAAAUCAAAUAUCAUUUCGGAGAGAUAAUGUUGUUCCUGCAAAGGCUGUGGAUUGUUCUGUGGGGAGGGUACAAGAUCUUAUGAUCGAAGAAAGCAUAGAUUGUAAUAAGGUUUCUCAACAUUUAGCUUUUACAUUGUUGGGGUGCACACUUUUUGGUGAUGCCUUUUUGGGCUGGUCUAAGGCAACCAUCUAUGAGGAACUUCUGAUGAUGAUUGCAAAAGAUGCCAGUUUUUGGGCCUCUUACAAAGUUACUCCUUUCUGGAAACAAGGAUUCUGGCGGUACCAGCGGUUGUGUGUGAAGUUGAAAUGCCUAACACAAGAUAUUGUUCAGCAAUAUAGAAAAAGUUGCAAGCCCUUCUCUCACUGUCAUAGUCAAAACCUUCAUAAUGAAAUCAAAAGCACUGGUGUGGAGGUUGCAUUUGAUAUACCAUCCUGUCCUGCUGCUGAGAUGCGUAAUAAUGGUUUCUUUUAUGGUCUGAAUGAUCAUGCUAAUCCUAAUGAAGAACCAUAUGGAAAUAUUAUGGGUGUGAUGUUUCAUGGAUGCCUGACUACCGCAAGUUUGAUUGCUUCCAUUUUGGAAAGGCUUUCAUCAAAUCCUGAAAUACAGGAAAAGAUUAACUCAGAAUUAAACUCAGCACGAAAGGGCUCAGUGAAAGAUAACCAGAAAAAUGUUGAUAACAUGCCACUUCUGUUGGCAACAAUAUAUGAAUCUGCCCGUCUUCUGCCAGCUGGCCCUCUGUUACAGAGAUGUUCACUUAAACAAGAUUUGGUCCUGAAGACUGGUAUAACUAUACCAGCCGGAACACUAGUUGUUGUACCUGUGAAAUUGGUACAGAUGGAUAAUACAAGUUGGGGAAGCAAUGUCAAUGAGUUCAAUCCAUACCGUUUUUUAUCGAAGGCUUGUAAUGGGACUGAUACAACUCAGCGAACAUCACUUGCUGGUGAAAAUGCUGAGGAUCAAGGUGAGAGUUCAUUUGUUUUGAAUGAUCCAACUGGCAAAAUUGAAUUUCUUCCCUUUGGCUUUGGUGCACGUGCCUGCGUUGGUCAGAAAUUUAUUAUACAGGGAGUGGCAACGUUAUUUGCCUCUUUGCUUGCAAACUACGAGAUAAAACUUCAGUCAGAAUCUAAGAAUGGCUCGAAGCUGUCAACAAACCCCUCUGCAUCUCAGACCCUUCCGAAUUCGAAGAUAGUCUUCAUAAAGAGGAACAUCUGAAGAACAAGUAGCACAAAGCUCACACAUCCGUAGGAAGGAUGGAUGUAUGUAAUUCAGGUCAAUUUACUAUACUUUAUCUGCAAGUAGUUUUUAUGGGGAAGUUCUGCAUCUUUUUCCCCGGACCCAUCGGCUGUCGAAUGGGAGGUUGAGACGCAUGCUUUUUCCCUCCCUUUGGUCAUAAUAGCUCGAGUGCUGCUUUUUCGCUGUUUUAUCACCCGUUUUUGAAGCACUCGAGUUCUAUUAUUCUACGGGGCCUUAUACUUCUCCAUCUUUAGAAUUCUCAACUGUGUCCAAGUGUCUAGAGUAGUGUUCAUGUUUCUUCUUUUUUUUUUCUCUAUCCAUAAAGGGAGAGUUUCUCAUGUAGUGUAAUGUGUACUAAACAAUACUGGACUUGAAGAAAGAAAAACUUCGUUUAUGUUCU